AACCACAUAAGAGAGACAUUUCUGAAAAAAGAGGACCAGAGGAUGCACACAAAUUUAGGGAAUAAUUUUGCAAAAUAAAACCUAUUGAGAGGAAGUAUGCCCAUAUUACCACCUCUUCCACACCAUAUCACAAUUUAGCAGCUACUGGAAAUCCUAGGAGUGCCCUAAUCUACCAUCACCAUAGUUAGAAUGUCACAGUCUUCUUCUAUUUAUUUCAGGGCUUUGGUUGGGUUGGAGUCCAGUGCAAGUUGUCAGAGUGGCAGCUCCUGCCUGCUACAGGGUAUUUAUAUGUGGUGCAUACUGUGCCCGAAGAGCUGUAAUAAUACAUCAGCUUAUAUUAAUAUCUCUGCCACAUAGGGACUUUAACUUCCUUCAAUAAAAAAAAAAAAUUGCCAGUUGAGUCAAGGAAUAUAUAUAUUUUUCUUUUUAAAGCAUAGUUUUAAUAACACAUCUACUAAAAAACGAAGACACUGUGGAAAAAGUCAGUAUUUGGAAUCUUACACUGCUUAGCUAAAUAACACUAAAUAUAGACCAACGGUUUCAUGCUGAAGUUUAUGGACUUGUAGGAGCAACUGUGUGCUGAAGGAAAGCAAAGAGAACUACAGGAUUUGUAGAGUGUUGCUGCAGUUGUUUCCGAAUGGUUUUUUGUUUUUGUUUUCCUGAUAUUCUACCAGUGAAAGCUCACUUUUUUGAAUAAUGAAUCAUUCCUCCCAGGACACUAGCUCUCGAGACAUUCAUGAAGAGAGAAAGCUUUAUGUUGUGGAUUCCAUAAAUGACUUAACUAAACUAAAUUUCUGUCUUGACGGAUCUCAACAUCUCUUCCGUAUGUCUCUUGAAGAGAAAAUCCCAGCUACUGGCACUAACUUGGGAUACAGAAACCGCAAUAUGUUUCUAAUGGGACUGUUAAUCGUGCUGAUUGUCAGUUUAGCUCUGGUUACCUUCACUAUAUUCAUAAUAGUUCAAACUGGAAACGAGAUGGAUGGUGUUUCAAGAAGAUUAACAGCUGAAGAAAAGGACAUAGAUGACCUUAAAAUACUCAACAGCCUAAUUGUAAAGAGACUCAACCAAUGGGAUUCUGAACAAAACUAAAGACAUUACCUUCUAAGAGCAAUUGUUAAUAUAUCAGCUUCUCACUUUCCUGGAUAUGCAAAAGGUUAAGAAAUGAACAAGUACAUUUCUCCAAGCAACAAAUUCCAGCCCUGGAGUCAACUCUACGCUCUAGGCACGAGAGCAACUCUAAGGUAUGGGACUGAGAAGACAGCAAAUCAGAAGGCAUCAUCUCACGGAGGAAACCUUAGCUUAGUGGGGUUAAGGGUGGUUGGCAUGGAGCAGCAGCAACAAUGAGCAAAAUAAAUUUGCUUCUAUGUAUAACUCCCUUUAACUUUGUUACCAGAAUAAAUUCAUUGUUCCUAAUAUACUUUUUACAAGCUCCUGAAAAAGCCCAAGGGAUAUCUGAAUUAUCAAUAUUUUUGUUCAGAGGAACCAGGUAGUAACUUUGCAAAUAAAAGAGAUUCUGCUCAA